AUGACGACCGUACGACCCUUGAACGAAGAUGAAGUCUUCAACGAGAUGAAGAAAAUGGCAGAUGAAGAAUUCAACAUCGAAAAGGCCAAAAUUGUACGUCAGGAGUCGCUGAACAUCGAAGCUGUCUUUGAACGUAAGAUCAAGCAAGCUGAAGUCCAAAAGCGAAUUGCUCAAUCGAACCAUGUUAAUAAGGCUCGUCUCCGAGUCCUUCAAGAGCGUCAGCAGAUCUUGGACUCGCUCUUUGAAGAUACCCACAACAAUAUCCAAACCAUCUCGAGCGACGAGGAAAGGUACACCGAGCUUAUGGAAGGCUUGAUCCUUCAGGGUCUUUAUACAAUGAUGGAACCCGACGUCACUAUCCGUUGCCGUGAAGCCGAUGCCGAGAUUGCACAGUUCGUUUCUGAGCGCGCUUCGCAAAAGUUCCAGGAAACUGUCAAGCAACAGUCGAAUCUUACUGUUAGUGACGACUAUUUGCCCGCUUCUAGUGCUGGCGGUGUCAUCCUUUCUGGUCUCCAGGGCAAGAUUGUUGUUGAUAACACUUUGGAAGCUCGCUUAGAGGUCAUCAAGGAAGAGAUGCUUCCUCAAAUUCGUUACACUCUCUUUGGUAACUCGCCCAGCAGAAGAUUCUUCGACUAG